CUCUCACCAGCAACAAGUACCUGAAGGGUACAAGCAAAGAAACCUUUCCAGGAUCUGCGAUUUUUAAAGGUUGUCUUGAGCAACACGUUGUUUCAGGAUCGGGAGGAAUUUGUUUUAAUAUUCCUAAAUCCUCAAAAACUUUACCACUUGGGAAGCAUUCAAGUAUAGGCCUAUCCAUUUGUUUCUUACCUUAACACAUAAAGAUGGAGUUGUCGGAUAUUCCCUUCCCCAUCCCAUCAGCUGAUGAUUUCUACGACGACCCUUGCUUCAACACCAAUGACAUGCAUUUCUUUGAAGACCUGGACCCCAGGCUCGUCCACGUGAGCCUGCUCAAGCCCGACGAGCAUCACCUCGAGGACGAGCACGUGAGGGCGCCCAGCGGGCAUCAUCAGGCCGGCAGGUGCCUGCUGUGGGCAUGCAAAGCCUGCAAGAGAAAAACCACCAACGCUGACCGCCGCAAAGCCGCCACCAUGAGGGAGAGGAGAAGACUGAGCAAAGUCAACGACGCUUUCGAGACCCUCAAGAGAUGCACGUCCACCAACCCCAACCAGAGGCUGCCCAAAGUGGAGAUUCUGAGAAACGCCAUUAGCUACAUCGAGUCUCUGCAGGCGCUGCUCAGGAGUCAAGAGGAAAACUACUACCCCGUUCUGGAACAUUACAGUGGAGACUCCGAUGCCUCCAGCCCGAGAUCCAACUGCUCUGAUGGCAUGAUGGAUUUCAUGGGUCCUACAUGUCAGUCGAGAAGACGGAACAGAUAUGACAGCUCAUACUUCAACGACACGCCAAAUGCUGACGCACGGAAUACUAAAAGCUCAGUGGUGUCGAGUUUGGAUUGUCUGUCCAGCAUCGUGGAGCGAAUCUCCACAGAGACCCCCGCGUGUCCCGUGCUGUCAGUACCGGAGGGUCACGAGGGGAGCCCGUGUUCUCCGCAGGAGGGGUCUGUCCUGAGUGAGACCGGGGCCCCCGCACCGUCCCCGACCAACUGCCCUCAACAGCAUGCUCAGGAUCCCAUCUAUCAAGUGCUUUAAAGAACCGCAGCAUUGCAAAACAAAUUGACAAAAGACAAUCUGAAUUGAAAAAAAAACAUUGAGCAGGAGAAAAAAAAACUGCAAAUCCGAUCUUAACGACAAAAGAAAGACUAUUUCGAUCCACUGCUGGAAACUAUAGGAACGAAUGAUCUUUCUUUCUUUCUUUCUUUCUUUCUUUCUUUCUUUCUUUCUUUCUUUCUUUCUCUCAUGUUGUGGAAAAUGAAUUCCAUUAUGAAAAUGGAUCAGCAGAAGUGAGUUUCUUAACUACGCUUAUUUAUAUUAUUGCAUCCACGUGAAAAUGUGACCAUAUUUUUCCCCCCUUUGUGAAUGUUAUCUGUCACCAUCACCUUUUAUUUCCUAAUUAUUUACGAGAGAAUCGUAAUCCAGAUACGAAAAGUAGGACCACUUUUGUAUAUGUGUAAAUAAGAUCUGUUUUGUUAAAGCGACGAAAACGAACAAACAUAUUAUUGUAUUUAAUGAUGCCUGUUUGAAACACCAGCGUGUUGUGUCUUGUGUUAAACUUUAUAUUUAUACUUCUUAAAUGAGUGAAUGUCGGAUUAAUAAAAAAUAACUAUUUAUA